UAUUAUUCUUUGACUACAUACAUACUUACACUCUUAUUAUUAUCAUCAUGGUUACGUACCCCAUGACAUGCAAGAAAAGGUGGCGAAUGGCUUUCAAUGCCCUUUCUUUCGCCAAGACUCUUCUCCGUUUCUCCAAGAAAACCCUUCUUGAGGAACUCAAACAUGUUGAUGCCAGAAACACGUUUUCUAGUAGCAAUAUCAAUAUCAAAACUCCCAGGCUCUUGCGCUCCUUCUCCUAUCUGGCCGUUGAUGUUGACCCAGACCACGUUGAUCCCAAGCUUCUCAGUGACAUGGUAAGGGACAAAGACACAGACUCCCUCACCCAAUUCGGCGGCAUCAAAGAACUCGCCACACUUCUUGGAACCGACGUGAAGCGUGGCAUCAGAGACACCCACGUUGAUAUUGAUACCCGAAAACGUGUUUUUGGCGUCAAUGAGUUCCAAAAACCUCAAUCCAAGGGUUUUCUUUCUUUUGUUCUUGAAUCUUUUAAGGACACCACUAUUAUCGUACUUUUGGUUUGUGCCGUGCUUUCACUUGGCUUUGGCAUCAAGCAACAUGGUUGGAAGGAGGGAUGGUACGAUGGAGGUAGCAUCAUAGUGGCAGUUAUUCUGGUUAUUGUUGUCUCUUCCGUGAGCAACUUUAACCAAUCUAGACAAUUCAAGAAGCUUUCUGCAAAGAGUAGCGACAUAGGGGUUGAAGUAGUACGAGGUGGUAGACGCCAAAGCGUGUCAAUCUUUGAGGUGGUGGUUGGUGACAUUGCGUGUUUGAAGAUUGGUGAUCAGGUUCCUGCUGAUGGGUUGUUUUUGGAGGGGCAUUCGUUGAAGGUGGACGAGUCUAGCAUGACGGGGGAGAGUGAUCACGUGCAUGUGAAUGGUGACACGAACCCCUUCUUGCUCUCUGGCACAAAGGUAUCUGAUGGUUUUGCACACAUGAUGGUUACUUCUGUGGGAAUGAACACUGCUUAUGGUGCCAUGAUGGGUUCUUUGACUAGAGAGCUUGAUGAGGAGACACCUUUGCAAGCGCGUCUCAACAAGUUGACUUCCGCUAUUGGCAAGGUUGGUUUGUUGGUGGCUGCGCUUGUUUUGUUUGUAUCUAUGAUACAAUACUUCACUGGAAACACAAGAGAUGACAUGGGGAACCGGGAAUUCGUUGGAGGGAGGACCAAGUUUGAUGAUGUUAUGAAUGCGGUUGUGGGGAUUGUUGCUGCGGCAGUCACAAUUGUGGUUGUGGCCAUUCCUGAAGGGUUGCCUCUUGCUGUUACUCUCACUUUGGCUUAUUCCAUGAAGAAAAUGAUGAGAGAUAAUGCCAUGGUUCGGAGAAUCUCUGCUUGUGAGACAAUGGGGUCAGCAACGAUAAUUUGCACCGAUAAAACAGGUACACUUACAAUGAAUGAGAUGAAGGUGACUGAGGUUUGGGUGGGGAAGAAGAAAAUAGAUGAAGAUGGCUAUUUGGCACCGAGUUUAGUCCAAUUGUUGAGAGAAGGAAUUGGAUUAAACACCACUGGAAGUGUUUACCAACCCCAAGAAACAUCUCAGCCUGAAAUUUCAGGGAGUCCUACUGAGAAAGCGUUGCUUUCUUGGGCGGUGGUGGAUUUGGGCAUGGAGAUUGAUGAAGUGAAGCAGCAUUGCGAGAUAAUUCAUGUGGAGACUUUCAACUCCGAGAAAAAGAGAAGUGGGAUUCUGAUGAAGGAGAAGAGAGGAAGCAACAGGUUUCAUACACAUUGGAAGGGUGCUGCUGAGAUGAUAUUGGCCAUGUGUUCAAAUUAUUAUGACCAUGCAGGGGAAAUCAGGAUCAUGGAUGAUGAAGAAAGGGUUCAGAUUGAGAACAUUGUCAAGGGCAUGGCAACCAAAAGUUUGCGAUGCAUUGCCUUUGCCCAAAAGAGCUCCAAUGUGUAUGGAAAGCUUGAAGAGUCAGAACUAACAUUGUUGGGGAUACUUGGACUGAAAGACCCUUGUAGGCCAGGAGUGGAAGAAGCAGUUGAAUCAUGCAAGAAUGCUGGAGUGAAGAUCAAGAUGAUUACAGGAGAUAAUGUGCACACAGCAAGAGCCAUAGCCUCUGAAUGUGGAAUUCUUGACCCUGAUGAAGAAUUGGAGGAAGAAGCAGUGGUUGAAGGGUUUCAAUUCAGAAAUUUCUCACAGGAGGAGAGAAUGGAGAAGAUUGACAGAAUAAGAGUCAUGGCCAGAUCAUCUCCAUUGGACAAGCUUCUGAUGGUUCAAUGUUUAAAGCAGAAGGGUCAUGUGGUGGCAGUCACUGGUGAUGGCACCAAUGAUGCACCUGCUCUGAAAGAAGCUGAUAUUGGUCUUUCCAUGGGAAUACAAGGCACUGAAGUGGCAAAGGAGAGCUCAGACAUUGUUAUCCUUGAUGACAAUUUCUCUUCAGUGGUCACAGUACUACGGUGGGGAAGAUGUGUGUACACAAACAUUCAGAAGUUCAUUCAGUUUCAGCUAACAGUUAAUGUGAGUGCACUUGUCAUCAACUUUGUGGCUGCAGUUUCUUCUGGUAAAGUGCCUCUUACAGCAGUUCAGCUUUUGUGGGUAAACCUGAUAAUGGAUACUCUUGGAGCGUUGGCCUUGGCCACUGAGCAACCCUCUAAUGAUCUCAUGAAGAUGCCACCUGUUGGAAGAGUUGAGCCACUUAUAACUAGAGUUAUGUGGAGGAACCUCAUUUCACAGGCAUUGUACCAAGUGCUAGUCUUGCUGGUUUUACAAUUCAAGGGAAGAUCAAUCUUUGACGUCAGUGAGAAGGUGAAGAACACACUUAUUUUCAAUGCUUUUGUACUUUGCCAAGUCUUCAAUGAGUUGAAUGCAAGGAAGUUAGAGAAGAAGAACAUCUUUGAGGGACUAUUUAAGAAUAAGUUGUUUAUAGCAAUUGUGGGUGUAACUGUAGCUCUUCAGCUAGUGAUGGUUGAGUUUCUGAAGAAGUUUGCGAAUACUGAGAGAUUGAGUUGGGAGCAAUGGGGUGUUUGUGUUGGCAUUGCAGCUUUGACUUGGCCAAUUGGUCUGCUGGUGAAGUGUAUCCCAGUUGUUACCAACGAGUAGUAUAGACAAGACUGUUAUGUUUAUUAAU